UAGGUCAGAAGAAACCCUCGUAAAGUCCCAACUCUGCCCACAUCUAAACCCCAGUAAUAUUCCGAAGCUCCUCCGGUACGCGUCAAUGGCGAACGUGGAAGCUGAGGCCGUCGAUUUCGAGCCAGAGGAAGAUGAUCUCAUGGACGACGAAGUUGCCGAUGGCUCCCCAAACCGAACCGCCCCCACCACUACCCCUCGCCUGAAGUCCGCCAUCGCCGGCGGCGGCUCCUCCUCGGCCCCGAAGAAGACCAAGGGACGCGGAUUCCGCGACGAGGCUGCUGCUGAAGCAGACCGCAAUGCUCGUAUGUCCGCCCGCUUUGACACCCUUGAUUCUGAAGGUGGCCCUGGAACCGAACGAUCCAUUGAAGGAUGGAUUGUUCUAGUUACUGGAGUUCAUGAGGAGGCGCAAGAAGACGAUCUACAGAAUUCAUUUGGUGAAUUUGGAGAGAUAAAGAAUUUACAUUUGAAUCUCGACCGCCGUACGGGUUUCGUCAAGGGGUAUGCUCUAAUUGAAUACGAGAAGUUUGAUGAGGCACAGAGAGCUAUAAGUGAAAUGGAUGGAACUGAUCUGCUCACUCACAUCAUAAACGUUGAUUGGGCAUUCAGCAAAGGUCCUUUCAGAAGGAGGAACAUCCGGAGAAGAUCGCCUCGUGGUCAUCGUUCGAGGAGUCCAAGGAGGAGAUUCUGAUGUUGGUUUCUUGUGAGAGUUUUGUGUGGCUUUGGUUUCGGAUGAAGAUACUAAUGUGAAUCUUGGCUAAAUGUUAAUUAACAAUAUGUAUGAUCGUCUUUUUCAUGAGAAUUUUCUUUUUCAGCCGCUUACUUUCCCUUUGUAUUGAUACUUGCCAGGCUUGUUGGUGAUGAUGUUCUUCAACUAUUUAUCGCUUUGUAUCUAUCGUCCAGUAUUCUAAUUGAACUCCGCAUUAUGGGAU